AAGGUUUUUAAGUCUAACUUGUCAUCUUAAUGCUGCAGUCAAGCUUCCACCAAAACCACUACCAUUGGCCAGCCUUUGAGGCUCUUCUUUUGAAUGUGAACAACCUUAACCAGUUCUCUCUGUUUCUUCUAGAUUUCUGUCCUCUUCUUGAUCUUUGUUUUUCUUAAACACUGAAUCAAAACAAUGGGUUUCAUGAGCAAGAAAUCCGUUUUGCUUUUCUCAUUCUUUUAUUCUCUGUUCUCUCUGGUUCUCUUCUGCCAUGCAAUUGACAGAAUCACAAAAGGUCAAUCUCUCAAAGAUGGUGAAACCUUAGUAUCAGCUGAUGAAAAUUUUGAACUGGGUUUCUUUUCCCCUGCAAAUUCUUCUUCCCGAUAUGUUGGUAUAAGGUAUCACAAGAUUCCUGGUCAGGCUGUCAUCUGGGUCGCUAAUAGAGACAAACCAAUUUCUGAUACAAAAGGGGUCUUCACAUUCGAUGAAGAUGGGAAUUUGAUAGUUAUGGACGGAAACAAUGUUUCAGUUUGGGCGAGUAAUCCUCCAGUUCGAGCUAACGAUUCAGUUGCAGUUCUUGAAAACGAAGGUAAUCUCAAACUAUCCAGCAGUCUUAAUAACGUUGCCUAUUGGGAAAGCUCUAAUUAUCCGACGGAUACGUUUUUGCCAAACAUGAAAAUUAUAGCUUCAUCGGGAGAGCAAAAGCACUUCAGUUCUUGGAAAUCUGCAAGUGAUCCUUCACCGGGAAACUUCACCAUGGGAGUUAAUUCUACCGGAGCAGCACAGAUGGUUUUGUGGGAGAAUUCAAGAAGGCGAUGGAGAAGCGGGUACUGGAAUGGACAAAUAUUUACAGGCGUGCCAAAUAUGACAGCACUAGCUAAUUACAGAUAUGGAUUUAAGUAUAUAAACAACGACAAUGGAAAUGAUUACUUUACGUAUAAUCCAUCAAAUGGUUCAGAUUUGAUGAGGUUUCGAAUAACUUGGGAUGGAUAUGAAGAACAGUUGAAAUGGAAUGAAAGCAAAAAGAAUUGGGAUGAGAUGCAAAAACAGCCAGCAAAUAACUGUGAACUUUACAAUUAUUGUGGCGAUUUUGGGGUCUGUAGAGCAUUAGCUGACCCAGAAUGCAGAUGCAUGGAUGGGUUUGUUCCAAGGAAUCCAGAUCAAUGGGCAAAGAAAAAUUGGUCAGAUGGGUGUGUGAGAAGUAGAGAAUUGCAGUGCCAGAAGAAUAUCAGCACAGCAGAAGAAGAUGGGUUUAAAGAGUUAAAAUGCAAUAAAUUGCCAGAUUUUGCUGUUGUCUUCUCUCAGGAUCUCUCGGAUGCUUGUAAGAAAAGGUGUUUAAGCAAGUGUUCAUGUAAUGCUUAUGCAAGAGUUGAAAAUAUUGGAUGCAUGAUAUGGAAUGGUGACUUGAUUGAUGUCCAGGAUUUUGGCAAACCUGGGAUUGUUAUGCAACUUCGUCUCGCUGGUUCUGAAUUUGAUAAAAAGGGAUUGUCUGCAGCUGUGAUUGUAGUGAUUGUUGUGGCUGGAGUCGUCUUCUUAGCUAUAUCUGUAUGGCUACUCUGGUGCCUAAAAAGAAAACUCAAAGCUGCUGUUUUGCCCACAGCUGCCUCAGUUUCAUUGAUGAGAAAGAGUGAGGUACCAUUUUCAGACAUGAGCAAGAGUAAAGAGUAUUCAUCGGAGAUGUCUGGACCGGCUGACCUAGUCAUUGAUGGGAGCCCAGUAAAUGGUCCUGAUUUGCCAUUGUUCAAUUUCAAUUCUGUAGCAGAAGCUACAAACAAUUUUUCUGAAGAAAACAAACUUGGGCAGGGGGGAUUUGGUCCUGUCUACAAGGGAAAGCUUCCUGGAGGAGAAGAAAUAGCUGUAAAGAGGCUGUCGAAAAUCUCUGGCCAAGGUUUAGAGGAGUUCAAGAAUGAAAUCAUAUUGAUCGCGAAAUUACAACACAGAAAUCUUGUUAGAUUACUAGGCUGCUGUAUUCAGGGAGAAGAGAAGAUGCUGCUUUAUGAGUACAUGCCAAACAAAAGCUUGGAUUGCUUUCUUUUUGACCCCACAAAGCAGGCAUUAUUAGACUGGAAGAAGAGGUUCAAUAUCAUUGGAGGGAUUGCUAGAGGUCUUCUUUAUCUCCAUCGAGAUUCAAGACUCAGGAUCAUUCAUCGGGAUCUAAAGGCUAGCAACAUAUUGUUGGAUGAGGAAAUGGAUCCAAAGAUUUCAGACUUCGGCAUGGCCAGAAUAUUUGGGGGAAACCAAAAUGAAUUGAACACGAAUCGAGUUGUUGGCACAUAUGGUUAUAUGUCGCCUGAAUAUGCAAUGGAAGGCCUAUUUUCAGUUAAGUCAGAUGUCUAUAGCUUUGGAGUCUUACUAUUAGAGAUCGUGAGUGGCCGGAGGAACACCAGCUAUCGUUUAACCGAUCAUCUCAGCCUCAUCGCUUAUGCAUGGGAGCUUUGGCAUGAAGAUAAAGCAAUGGAGCUAGUCGAUCCUUCUAUUCGAGAUUCGUGUUGCGAGGACGAAGUCUUAAAAUGCAUACAAGUAGGAAUGUUAUGUGUGCAAGAUUCUCCAGUUCAGAGACCAACAAUGUCAUCUAUCGCGUUAAUGCUCGAAAGCAAUAGUCCAACCUUGCCAUUGCCUAGACAACCUACUUAUACUUCAGUCAGAACUUCCUCCAUAGAUACAUCUGAAAUCUAUCUUGAAGGUCAGGAAAUUCAAGAAAUUCCAGAACUAGCAAUGACACGGAGUUGAGUUGAAGCUUUCUCAUUACAAGACUAGAGAAUGAGAAGUCAAAUGUUUUGUUGAUCAGCUCAGGACAAAAAUGUACCCAUCUCCUUCUGUAAAAUAUAUCACUAACUCUGUUUCUAUCCUAGAAAUGAAUAUCAAUAUUUGUGUUUUGGCCUUUUCUGCAAUUAAAAAUGAUCAUGGGCAGUUAUGGCUGCUGGUUAAGAGAAAUAUGGUCAACCACAGGUCAUUCUAGAUUCUGAACAAGUAGAAACAUAUGAGAAAAAUCAAUUUGGGCUGGCUUACAGCUAACAAAGAUUUUAUGAAGAUUUUAAUUUGGAACUGCUAGGGAAUUGGGUAAUCCCAAACAGUGCAAGUUUUUAGUGAACUUCUUUGUAAAUAUCCCUCAUGUUUAGUUUUUGUUAUGAAA